GGCGUCCGCAUCGCGAGGAUGCCGGGGAGAGAAAGCGAGAGAGAGAGAGAGAGAGAGAGAAUGCGGGUUCCAAGGGUGCACGUCUGGCAGUAACGAGUCGGGGGACGCGAGCGUCGCGUUGGAGGCGUCGCCCUGGGCGCCGCCGUCCGAGAGCAGAUGGAGCCGAGUCGCGUGCCCCGGGGCCCCGCUUCGCGCCUCGUCUUCCUCCUCGUCACCCUCGUGCUGACCGUCGCAGCCACGGGGCUCCUGUGCGGCGCGAUAAUGUCAGAUCACUGGGAGGAGAUCAGCUGGAACAAGGAGGACCUGGUCCACGCGAACGUCAAUCUCACGUGGUACAUGAACGGUCGGGUCGCAAGGCUGGAGUCUUCCAUUAAUCAUCGAAAUAAGCAUCGCGUCGCCAAAAGUUCCUUCCUAGUUCCCAUGCACAGCGGGAUUUGGAUUAUGUGUGUUUCAUUGUCAGAGGAAGACUUACAGCUGCUAAGUCAGGUGGGUUUCCCGCAAAAGAGAUGCGUCAAUCACUUGUCGCCGAGUGAGGCGCACGAGGAAACGCGCGGAGUUUGGCAAAAUCGAAUGCAAAAUCUAAGUAUCUCGUGCGCCCUGGUGUGCCUGAUCAUUUUAGGAUGCGCUGCAUUUAUAGGAUUUUUCGGACUAUGCAGGCAUCAGAUAUCGGCCGUCCUCGUGACAGGAGUGAUGUACCUCCUUGCAGCAACGUUCGCGCUGUUCACGCUCACGAUCAUCUACUUCAAGAGGGUCCAGGACCGCGGGACCAAGCCAAUAGCGGGCGGGCCCGAGGACGGCGUGAUCGGCAUGCCUGUUCUCCGCGUCCUGAAGGCCAGGAGAGUCACCACCGCGUGGAGCAUGGACCUGGGAUGGGGUGGAGUCACCCUCUGUGCCCUCGCGUCGGUGGCCUGGAUCCUCCUCAGCAAGAUCAUGCGCUUCAGCCCGAUCGCUGCCAUGAUAGCGUAGCGAUGGGACGCCUUCGAGGUCUAAAAGGUCGUUUCCGCGAGUCACGAUACUUCGGUGCACCGCGCUCCUUUUCGGCGACACUUUGCUGAUCGACGCGUCGAGUUGGCGCAGGAGAUUUGUUCCGCGAUCGAGCUGUUGCUUCAAUCCUUCGCGAGAGAGACAUUUUCAUACGGUUCUCGAAGACCGCGCGCUCUAACUUCUAGGCAGAUACGACGAACUGUUUGCGCCAACUUAAUUAAUCUCGAGUGUCCGCUGAGUCAUUACACUUAAUUAGAUUCCAAGAACAUGAAUUUCCGAGAUUUAGGAUAUUCUUCACGCCCAGGAAUCGAAACCUUGAAAAGGAUCGCAAAUUGGACGAUACUUCUUGAGAAAGUUGAGUCCAGAAAUGACCACCUCGAAGGCAGCCAUCUCCCGGUGCCUAUUUAUAAUUGAUCUCGUUUGCAUAAAUAUUCCAACUGAAGGAACAUGAGUUCGUCAAGAAGACAAAAGGAUUUGAUUAGAGCGUACAAACGAUUAAUCGACGCUUCGUAGAAUCACUAGGCGAGAAUGUCAACCGCGAGAAAAUCAGUAAGAAUGUUACACCUCGUGUCUUUUUAUCGUGUGUAUACAUAGAUUUAUUCGAUUUAGGUAUAUUUCUUGUUUUCUCAGCGAUUUAGUUACUUGCAGUAAAUAAAUCGAAUAUUAAAAUAUAAAAGAAUAUCAAUUGUUGAAGGUAGCCAACGUCGCUCGUCACUCAACGCGAGAGGUGGAGUCACGUCGCUCGUCACUCAAUGCGUGACUCCACCUCUCGCUA